AUGCUUCUGCAUUUGAGUUUGCUAGCUCUUGGAGCUGCCUAUGUAUAUGCCAUCCCCACAGAAAUUCCCACAAGUGCAUUGGUGAAAGAGACCUUGGCACUGCUUUCUACUCAUCGAACUCUGCUGAUAGCCAAUGAGACUCUGAGGAUUCCUGUUCCUGUACAUAAAAAUCACCAACUGUGCACUGAAGAAAUCUUUCAGGGAAUAGGCACACUGGAGAGUCAAACUGUGCAAGGGGGUACUGUGGAAAGACUAUUCAAAAACUUGUCUUUAAUAAAGAAAUACAUUGACGGCCAAAAAAAAAAGUGUGGAGAAGAAAGACGGAGAGUAAACCAAUUCUUAGACUACCUGCAAGAGUUUCUUGGUGUAAUGAACACCGAGUGGGUAAUAGAAAGUUGAGACUAAACUGGUUUGUUGCAGCCAAAGAUUUUGGAGGAGAAGGACAUUUUACUGCAAUGAGAAUGAGGGCCAAGAAAGAGUCAGGCCUUAAUUUUCAGUAUAAUUUAACUUCAGAGGGAAAGUAAAUAUUUCAGGCAUACUGACACUUUGCCAGAAAGCAUAAAAUACUUAAAAUAUAUUUCAGGUAUCAGAAUCAUUGAAGUAUUUUCCUCCAGGCAAAAUUGAUAUACUUUUUUCUUAUUUAACUUAACAUUCUGUAAAAUGUCUGUUAACUUAAUGGUAUUUAUGAAAUGGUUAAGAAUUUGGUAAAUUAAUAUUUAUUUCAUGUUAUGUUGUGUUCUAAUAAAACAAAAACAGACAACUGUUCAAUUUGCUGCUGGCCUCUGUCUUAGCAAUUGAAGUUAGCAUAGUCCAUUGAGUACAUGCCCAGUUUGGAGGAAGGGUCUGAGCACAUGUGGCUGAGCAUCCCCAUUUCUCUGAGAAGUCUCGGGGUUGCAAGGCACACCAGAGGUGGAAGUGAUCUAGCAGGACUUAGUGGGGAUGUGGGGAGCAGGGACACAGGCAGGAGCUGAAACUGGUUUUCUCUCUACAGUACAUCCAGAACCUGGGAUGGUGCAGGGUAAAUGGUAGGGAAUAAAUGAAUGAAUGUGCUUUCCAAGACUGACUGUAGAAUUAAAAUGAGUUGUAAGACUUCCCCUGGAAGAAGGGCAGUGUGGGAACCUGUAACUAGGUUCCUGCCCAGCCUGUGAGAAGAAUUUGGCAGAUCAAUCUCAUUGCCAGUAUAGAGAGGAAGCCAGAAACCCUCUCUGCCAAGGCCUGCAGGGGUUCUUACCCCUUCUGGCGGUGCACCAUAACAAAAGGAACAGAGAGACACCGGUAGGGCAGUCCCAUUAGAAAGACUGAGUUCCGUAUUCCCGGGGCAGGGCAGCACCAGGCCGCACAACACUCCAAUCUACCUGCUUAUGGCUAUCAGUAGCAUCACUAGAGAUUCUUCUGUUUGAGAAAACUUCUCAAGGAUCCAGAAAAUAUGCUCUUUAAAAUAUUUUAAAACUGAUACAGACCCAAAGGAGAGACCCAAUAACAAUAUUCAGCUAUAUCAUCCAUUCUCUCUUUCAUUCAACAAAUCUGUAUUGAUCGCGGGCUCUCUGCUGGGUGUGGGAUGCAGCUGUGGGCCUGGGCUGGAGGUCCUUAGACGCCAGUACUCCUAGCCUGGGCUUUAUCUGUAUGGAUUGCUGCAGUGUUGAGCUCCACUGCUGUGUGAAGCAAUUGCUCCUGCUCUUUCUGGGCAUGGGAGAAGGGCCAGAGCAGUCAGACACAGAUUCCCAGGCAGGAGAAUGGAACUCCUUCCGAGGAAAAAGAUGUGUUUUCCUUCCAGCACACACCCAGGCAUGGUGGUCAGGACCGUGGACCAGGUCCCCAACUUGUGCAUGCACCAAGCCCCAGGAUCAGGAGCAGAGCUAGUGAGGGAGGAAGAUGGAUGAGCACAGAAUGGUGCUGACCGCUCUAGAAAAAGACAGGAGACAGGAGACAGGAAACAGCAAACUCAACUUGCAAAAAGACUGAAUCUCAACUUGAUUCAAUUAGGCAGAUACUGAGUUCCAGUAUGCUCCAGGACUAUUCUAGGGGCUAGGAUUCAACAGUGAAUAAAACAGACAAAAUCCUUUCCCUUGUACACUUAUAUUCUCUCAAAAAAGCUCCUUUCCCCUCUUCCUUAUCAGUGUCCAAUAUAGUUAAUAAGGACUUAAGACUGGAAUAUCACAUCUAAAUCCCCAAUAAUGAGCCCUCACCAAUCUGCCAGGUCCCAGAGAAGCUAAAAGCAAUCAGGGCUGUUUGCAACUAACUGAAAUAAAACUUGAUUCGAACUCGUCGUGUCAAGCCUGUUGACAACACACACACAUGUCCACGUGUCACUGCUGUGCAUAGAAACCUCUGACUCACUACCAUCUGAAGUCCAGGCUCCUUCACAGGUCAUUUGAGGUCGACCUCUGCUCCCUCUGACCCCCGACAUACAGAAAUACAGGCAUCAUCCAUGUAACAUCCUUGGCAAGAAAACAUUAACUAGGUGCCUCAUUCCCAUUAUUUUAAGUGGGAAAAAUUUUAAUGCAUUAUAUCUCAACCCAAAAUCUUCAACCAACUUCUUAAAACAUAAAACAUAGUAAAAUGCCUGUAUAUAAGGAAAAAACAUGUUAGGGUGUAAAAAUUUAAAUAAAAUAUUUUGUAUUUAUUUAUUUAAUUGUAGUAAAAUAAGGAUAUAAAAUAUUUAAAACAGUACUUCCUGAUCACUCAGCAGUUAAUACAAUGGUUGCUUUAUCUGUAUAACACGCUGCACGUCCCCUUAGUUAACAUUCGGAACCUUUCUGAUUGUCUUCUGUGAACUCUGAUUU